AUGGGUUUGCCUCAAGCCACCGAGUUCGUCUUACCCGACUUCUUUGCUCCCUGCCCAUUCACUCUCGGCCUUACCAACCCUCACGCUGAUACCGUAUUUCCAGAGGCGCGGGCCUGGAUUGGCAAGUUCCUCCCGUUUUCCGGUCUUGCCUGGCACUGUGAUCCAUGGGCUGGGAAGGAGGGAUUCCGCACCAUAUGCGACUUUCAAAACCUGUUAUUUCUAAUGGACGAGCUGACCGAUGAGAUGAGCGGCGAAGACGCUCGUGUUGUUGGAGAGUCGUUUAUCCGAGUGUUAAAAGAUCCAAGCGUAGAUAAUGAGUCGAUUAUCGCUCAGGCGACCAGAGAGUUUCGCACUCGAAUCGCAGACGACGUUGCGACGAAGUCGGUUUGGUUUGGUCGAUUUGUAGCGAUCUGCAAGUCGUACGCAGAUGCCACGUACAUCGAGGCUGAGCACCGCGAGAAUAAUCGCGUACUAGACUUGGACGACUUCGUUAUUGCCCGUCGCGAGAACAGCGCCGUGCGGUGUUGCUUCUCCAUCAACGAGCACGCGCUCGGCAUUGAUCUCCCAGACUCUGUCUUUGAAGAUCCUGAAUUCUUGCGCAUGUAUUUUGAUGCUGUUGAUAUGAUCGUCAUCGUCAAUGAUGUGUACUCCUAUAAUAUGGAACAAGCUAAGGGCCUCGCUGGCAACAAUGUUGUUACCGUACUUGAACAGGCCCUCGGCGUGGAUCUUCAAGCCGCGGUGAACCGUGGAGGCGAGAUGUUUGCGCAGAAGAUGGAAGGAUAUGUGCGUGGUCGUGGGGUGCCCCCUUCGUGGGGCGCCAAGGUUGAUGCAGACGUCGAGCAUUUCUUUGACUCCGUUGAUCAGUGGAUCGUUGGGAAUCUCGAGUGGAGCACCGAGACGUCGCGCUACUUGGGACCUGAUCAUGAAGAGAUCAUGAAGACGGGGCGGGUGGUAUUAAGAAAGAUUGAAUCAAAAACCAAGUAG